CGAAACCCCAGUAGUUGAAAAGAUCACUGCAGAGGAUGUAGAUAGUAAAGAGUUGGCAGAGGAAGUCGAUGCAGCCACUGAAAACGGUGCUGAGGAAUCUGCUGACGCAAAAGAAAAUGGUGAUUCCACCGGUGAAGCUGAAGUUAGCGAUGAAGCACCAGAUGCUGCCGACGGUGAGAAGGGUGAUGACGACGCAGCAGCUGAUGGUGAAGAUGGUGCAGAAGAAAAUGGCGAUGAAGGUGUUGCCAAAGAGGCCAACGGUGAAGCAGCCGGUAAAUAUCAUAAUAUAUAA